AUCAGAGGAGUAUAUUGCCAGCCUCUGCAGCAGCAUGCGUCCAUCAAGUGAUUUACUUUCUCCGAGCACACUACGAGGAAGCUAAGCCAGGUUCAAAAGUAAGCAGAAGAGGCUACUCCGAUACAGGACAAGCCCCAAUGUUCAUCAAACCUAAUUAUAGAUCCAGAAAUGACCUUCGCUCGUAAAUAUGCAAGCUCAUGAACAACUGGAAGGAAGAACGAAGGGAAGGAAGACGGAUGGAAGUACGAGGAUAUCCAGAUGGAGUUCUUGCAGCGCACAUUAGCUAAUAUUGCAAGGAACGAGAGGAAACGUUGUCACACUUCCAAGCAGAGAUAAGUGAAAAACCUCUGCAUCUGUCUCACAGGCCAUGUGAUAUCGAAAUCCUUUCAUGUAGGAUAUGAUUUCGUUAAGUUGCCUGUUAACAUGAUCUUCUUCUUCGAGAAACAAGUAGGCAGCGAGGAGAUCAAUUAUCGAUAUAAGUGACUGAGACAUGGUGACAUUUUAGUGCUUGACACUAAACGGACACUUCAAGAGAUAUUUGUGGGUUUGUGAAAUUAUAGGACGAAACAUGCACAAAUCUAAGACAGCCUAUUGUCAGUUCCGUCGCAACUACCACAUUUAACAACUCCCAACCGAGUCCCCUCAUCCCCAACUCAGCUCAUCUCAACAGCAACUGCGCAUGCACAUGCAUAUUUCACUUUUAGCUGAUCGGUCAACCAUACAAUGGCCACAUUUAGCUGUAGACUGCACGUUUGUUCAAAAAAGCUCUGGAUCUCCGCUCUUAUUUUCCGGGCCUCAUUUCUGCUGCGUAGAUGAGAACUAUGAAAGUUGUCGACGUAUCGUAUGUAAGUUAAUUCUCGGAUUGUAUUUUUUCCCUAGCACAUCAUGAAAGUUAAGCGACAGUAAAUCGGCCCUCAUCUGCACUCAUUUAAUACACAUUUCCAGGUCACCAUUUUCUCUGUUUCUUGUUGGCCUGAAAUUUUUCAUGUUUUCUGGGACCGUGGUCUCUAUGUUCGUUGGCAUAAAUGACUAAAUUGUGCGUCAGACCAGUUUUUGUACAUUCUUUUUCCUCCCUCCCUCCUUCACUCACCUUCGUUUCCU